GCGUCUUAGAGCUUUGUGGAGAAACUCUGGUUCAUUCUAGAGGAAUUGCUGAACAAAGUGAGGCAAGCAGAUCCUGAAAGCUUGACAGGAUGAGAGCUAAGCUAUGUGUGGCUUUUAAUUUUUGCUCGUUAAUUUCUGGUCUUUUCUUGAUUUUUAUAACAUGAUCUGUUUGCUUUCUAGGAAAUAUAAUCUGUUAGAGAAGACGUGAACACGUGACGCAGCAAGGGUGAUUGUAAAUAUGUAGGUUAUUGGUCAUUGCCAAUAUUAGUUUUGUGUUCACAGCUAUCUCCACUGAAAAUGGAAACCCCAAAAGACCGCUGCAAUCCCAGCGAAGAAAACAACGUUGCUGUUUCUGUUCAAAUUGCCCCUUCAGUUUCCUCUAAUGGAAAUAACGAUCCCAGUGAAAACAUCCCUCAAGGACACCAAUCUGAGCCCAAUGCCGACAAUGAAAACAACAGGAGCAGCGAUGCGUUGGCUAAGGGUUUAUCUACGAUGCUUGCCAGUAUUAUCAGGGACUUCGAUUCUAAAGCUCAGGACACUCUCAAAAGUCAAGACCACCUUAAUUGCGCUAUAGAUCGUCUUACUAGAGAGCUUGAUCAAUUGUUAGAAGAUGCGCCCUUGCCGUUCAUUAUGCAGCAUGCUGCAAAGAUUUCAGGAGUUAGAAAGAGAGUUUCGUCAUUGAACUCUCUUCUAAAAUCUAUACAGCGCCGUGUUGAUAAUAUUGAUCUGAUUCUAUCUGUGGGCUCACUACAAGGGAAGGACAGUUGAUUUUGCCAUGAGCAGCAUCAACGCUUUAGAAUAUAUUCAUUCCCAGUUCAAACUCCUGAUAGCGCACCUUGCGACUCCGCCAAUUAAAUGAGAGAAUAACUCAAGAUACUUGUGUGAUUUUCUAGACUGGAGCAAAAUGAGUGUAGGGGAUUGUAUUAAACUUCUUUGAGAAUAGUGUGAUUACGUAAUUGUUUUGCAGAAAUCAUUAAGCUUAGCAGUGAGGAUUUUGUGAAAAUGAUAUUAUUAGAUGCUACCUUCAUCA